GACCUGAUCCUGGACCAGACAAUAGAGAAAGUAUCGUUCUGCGCUCCGGACAGGAACUUUGAGAGAGCCUUCUCCUACAUCUGUAGAGAUGGAACUACUAGACGUUGGAUCUGCCACUGCUUCAUGGCUAUCAAGGACUCGGUAAGACCCUACCCCCUAACCCCUAAACCCUAACCCCUAAACCCGACCCUAACCCCUAACCCCUAAACCCUAACCCCUAAACCCGACCCUAACCCCUAAACCCUAACUCUAAACCGUUACCCUAACCCCUAAACCCUAACCCCCUAAACCAGACCCUAACCCCUAACCCCUAAACCCUAACCCCUAAACCCGACCCUAAACCCUAACCCCUAAACCCGACCCUAAACCCUAACUCUAAACCGUUACCCUAACCCCUAAACCGUUACCCUAAACUGUUACCCUAACCCCUAAACCGUUACCCUAACCCGUUACCCUAACCCCUAAACCGUUACCCUAACCCCAAAACCGUUAGCCUAACCCCUAAACCAGACCCUGAACCGUUACCCUAACCCCUAAACCGUUACCCUAACCCCUAAACGUUACCCUAACCCUAACGGUACCCUAAACCGUUACCCUAACCCCUAAACCGUUACCCUUAAACCGUUACCCUAACCCCUAAACCGUUACCCUAACCCCAAAAACCGUUACCCAUAAACCGUUACCCAACCCCUAAACCGUUACCUAACCCCUAAACCGUUACCCUAACCCCAAAACCGUUAGCCUAACCCCUAAACCAGACCUUGAACCGUUACCCUAACCCCUAAACCGUUACCCUAACCCCUAAACGUUACCCUAAACCGUUACCCUAACCCCUAAACCGUUACCCUAACCCCUAAACCGUUACCCUAAACCGUUACCCUAACCCCUAAACCGUUACCCUAAACCAUUACCCUAACCCCUAAACCGUUACCCUAACCCCUAAACCGUUACCCUAAACCAUUACCCUAACCCCUAAACCGUUAGCCUAACCCCAAAACCGUUACCCUAACCCCAAAACCGUUACUCUAACCCCUAAACCAGACCUUAACCCUAAACCGUUACCCUAACCCCUAAACCAUACCUUAACCCCUAAACCGUUACUCUAAACCGUUACCCUAACCCUAAACCGUUACCCUAACCCCUAAACCAUACCUUAACCCCUAAACCAGACCCUAACCCCUAAAAUGUUACCCUAAACCAUACCUUAACCCCUAAACCAGACCCUAACCCCUAAACCGUUACUCUAAACCGUUACCAUAACCCAUUACUCUAACACAAACCCAGCUGACAUUCAGCUAGUUUACUAGUGAAAUGAUAAAGCCUCAGCAUUGUGAAUCAUAAACUAAGAUCACGCAAGGAGAGUCUCUUGUUUCAGAAAGCCAAGCAAGUUCACCUUCUUAUGCCUCAUGUCAUGACUGAAGUGUGGAAAAUUCCAAAUUGUUUAGGUAGUCAACUUAUACACAGCUCUGACACACACUUACCCCACCAGAUAUGCCACCAGGGGUCUUGUCACAGUCCCCAAAUCCAGAACAAAUUCAAGAAAGCGUACAGUAUUAUAUAGAGCCAUUAUUGCUUGGAACUCCAUUCCACCUCAUAUUGCUCAAAUAAACAGCAAACCUGGUUUCAAAAAACAGAUAAAGCACAACGCCUCUCCCCUAUUUGACCUAGAUCGUUUGUGUGUAUGUAUUGAUAUGUAGGCUACAUGUGCUUUUUUUUUAAUUGAUGUUGUUCUGUCCUUGAGCUAUUCUUGUCUAUUAAUGUUCUGUAUUAUGUCAUGUUUCAUGUUCUGUGUGGACCCCAGGAAGAGUAGCUGCUGUUUUCACAACAGCUAAUGGGGAUCCCUAAUAGAAUACCAUUACUGAAGUGUUGUCUCAGGGAGAACAGCUGUCAUUAACAUGUUAUUAAUCUGUUAUUAAUGAUAACGUCUGAGCCAGGCGGUGGGCUGUUAUUGACAGCGUCUGAGCCAGGCGGUGGGCUGUUAUUGACAGCGUCUGAGCCAGGCGGUGGGCUGUUAUUGACAGCGUCUGAGCCAGGCGGUGGGCUGUUAUUGACAGCGUCUGAGCCAGGCGGUGGGCUGUUAUUGACAGCGUCUGAGCCAGGCGGUGGGCUGUUAUUGACAGCGUCUGAGCCAGGCGGUGGGCUGUUAUUGACAGCGUCUGAGCCAGGCGGUGGGCUGUUAUUGACAGCGUCUGAGCCAGGCUGGUGGGCUGUUAGUUGACCGGCUUGAGCAGGCGGUGGGCUGUUAUUGACAGCGUCUGAGCCAGGCGGUGGGCUGUAAUUGACAGCGUCUGAGCCAGGCGGUGGGCUGUUAUUGACAGCGUCUGAGCCAGGCGGUGGGCUGUUAUUGACAGCGUCUGAGCCAGGCGGUGGGCUGUUAUUGACAGCGUCUGAGCCAGGCGGGUGGGCUGUUAUUGGACAGGCUUCUGAGCCAGGCGGUGGGCUGUUAUGACAGCGUCUGAGCCAGGCGGUGGGGUGUUAUUGACAGCGGUGCUUGGAGCCAGGCGGUGGGCUGUUAUGACAAGCGUCUGAGCCAGGCGGUGGGUCUGUUUAUUGACAGGUCUGAGCCAGGCGGUGGGCUGUUAUUGACAGGUCUGAGCCAGGCGGUGGGCUGUUAUUGACAGCGUCUGAGCCAGGCGGUGGCUGUUAUUGACAGCGUCUGAGCCAGGCGGUGGGCUGUUAUUGACAGCGUCUGAGCCACGCAGUGAUUUAUGUUCUGGGUUAACCGAGAUGAUGUCUAUCCUAAACAUUGAGUGGAUUUACAUGCCGUACUUGUGAGAUCACACACAUUUUGUUUCAAUAUAAGGAAUAUAGAUGCAGGGAUACUCUUCUCUGUAGUCAUUUAGCAGACGCUCUUAUCCAGAGCGACUUACAGGAGCAAUUAGGGUUAAGUGCCUUGCUCAAGGGCACAUCGACAGAUUUUUCACCUGGUCGGCUCGGGGAUUAGAACCAGCGACCUUUCGGUUACUGGCACAACGCUCUUAACCACUAAGCUACCUGGAAAGUCAUGGAAUGUUUCAUGUGUCUGAGAGUGGGAAGUCUGUAUAGGAAGUGCUUGAAGUAAUGUUGUAAUGUUGACAGUCAGGGAUAAUGUCUCUCCCAUGUAGGACUUGAUCGUAAAGAUAAUGUUGUGAUAAUAUUUCCCCUCUAAGACCUGAGGCAAUGCUAAAAUAACAGUCAGUGUAACUCUGUUGUUGUUUUUAUCGCACUGCUUUGCUUUAUCUUGGCCAGGUCGCAGUUGUAAAUGAGAACUUGUUCUCAACUGGCUUCUUACCUGGUUAAAUAAAGGUAAAAUAAAAUUUAAACAAAUAAAAAAAUGUGAUAAUGUUGUAAUGAGAAUGUGGUGUUGUUAAGGGUGAGCGUCUGAGCCACGCGGUGGGCUGUGCCUUCGCUGCCUGUCUGGAGAGGAAACAGAAGAGAGAGAAGGAGUGUGGCGUCACGGCAACCUUCGACUCCAACAGAACCACCUUCACCAGGGAGGGCUCGUUCCGAGUUACCACGGCGACGGAAGCCGCAGAGCGAGAGGAGGCCAUGAGGCAGUUACAGGACAGGAAAGGUGUGUGUUGUGUGUUCUUGUGGCUGUUCUUUACAUGGUGUAUCUGUCUAGUAGCCUACCAUACCCUGAUGUUUACCCUUUCCCACAGCGGAGGGCGAUGUCAAGUCCUCCAUCCCGCUCUCCUCAGGCCCCAGUGGGGGUGUGGUGAACCAGGCGGUUGCCCCUCUACCAGGGCCCCCGUCCCCCUCCUCUUCCCCCCCCCUGGGCAUGGGAGGCACUCUGGGCCCACAGGUUAUCCCCCGCAGACACGCCCCAGUGGAGGCCCUGGCAAGACAGGGUUCCUUCAGAGGGUUCCCAGCCCUCAACAACAACUCCUCUCCCUUCAAACGGCAGCUGUCCCUCAGGAUAAAUGAGCUGCCCUCUACCCUGCAGAGGAAUUCUGACUUCCCCAUGAAGAACACAGGUCAGUCUGAGUUCCCCAUGAAGAACACAGGUCAGUCUGAGUUCCCCAUGAAGAACACAGGUCAGUCUGAGUUCCCCAUGAAGAACACAGGUCAGUCUGAGUUCCCCAUGAAGAACACAGGUCAGUCUGAGUUCCCCAUGAAGAACACAGGUCAGUCUGAGUUCCCCUUGUAGAACUCCGGUGCGGCGGUGGGUCACACACCUUUUGUACACUAUUGUCAUCAACUGUACCUCUGUCUCAUUCACCUACAAUAGCAGCCAUCACUUUGUAACCAUGUAUGAAACAAUCUUAGGCAUCAGUGGCUUGCUAUGUGAGCUUUGGUUUUUGUCCAUAAUGUUUCCGUCCAAUACAAAACAGUAUUGUCUAUAUGUUACAGUGAACAACAGAAAUGUGUCUUCUGCUCCUUCCUUAGUGCCCCCCAGACAUCACACACAAUGGGUUUUUUGUGAGGAUGCCUCACGGAACAGUUGGUUGAAUGUAUGAAAAAUGUAGAUGUCCUUUGUCUCAUUCCUCCAGUCCCGGAGGUGGAGGGGGAGGGGGACAGCAUCAGCUCGCUGUGUACCCAGAUCACCUCAGCCUUCAGUGGGCCUCCUGAAGACCCCUUCUCCCAGGCCCCAAUGCCCCGACCAGCCUCCUCCCCACAGUCACCUGUAGCGCCUCCAGGAGCUCAGCCAGGUAACUACACUCCAAACCUAGACAGCUGACACUCACAAUAACACUUGUAGUGUGCGUGUCAGUUCACAAGUUCACAUGCAUUUUUCCAGGCCUGUCUCCCUGCAUUUUGAGUAAAACAUUAUGAAGUGUGAAUGAGACUUCAGUUUUUCAUUUCAUGCAUGUUCAUUCAUUUUCUAAUACUGCCAUGUCUACAUACAACAACAUGCUGUCUGCACGUGUCCAUCUCAUACUACCAUGUCUACAUACAACAACAACAUGCUGUCUGCACGUGUCCAUCUCAUACUACCAUGUCUACAUACAACAACAACAACAUACUGUCUGCACUACUAGUAGUUUCUGUCUCUGUCUGCUUUAGUUAAUGGUCCUGCCCUCCCUCCUGCCCUCCCUCCUUCCCUCCCUCCUGCCCUCCCUCCUUCCCUCCCUCCUGCACUCCCUCCUGCCCUCCCUCCUGCCCUCCCUCCCCUCCUGCCCUCCCUCCUGCCUUCCCUCCCUCCUGCCCUCCCUCCUGCCUUCCCUCCCUCCUGCCCUCCCUCCUGCCUUCCCUCCCUCCUGCCCUCCCUCCUGCCUUCCCUCCCUCCUGCCCUCCCUCCUGCCCUCCCUCCUGCCCUCCCUCCUGCCCACCCUCCUGCCUUCCCUCCUGCCCUCCCUCCUGCCCUCCCUCCUGCCUUCCCAUCCUGCCCCUCCCUCCUGCCUUCCCUCCUGCCCUCCCUCCUGCCCUCCCUCCUGCCCUCCCUCCCUCCUGCCCCUCCCUCCUGCCCCCCCUCCUGCCCUCCCUCCCUCCUGCCCUCCCUCCUGCUGUGUCUAACCCUCCAGCACCGCCCCCCUCCACUGCCUGCCCGAGACACUAACCCCUGGGCCAAGACCCCUGGCCAUGCAGGGCACCAUAGCCCCCUGACCUCUUCCUCAGCACGCCCAGGUAAGGAGCAUUGAAAUAGAUUUAGAAGCCUCAGGCCCCUUGGUGUUUGAGGCUACUAGUGUGGUUGUUCUGUUUCUAUGGACUGGGACACCAGACCAGAACACAGACAGACAGGCUGGUUGUUCUGUUUCUAUGGACUGGGACACCAGACCAGAACACAGACAGACAGGCUGGUUGUUCUGUUUCUAUGGACUGGGACACCAGACCAGAACACAGACAGACAGGCUGGUUGUUCUGUUUCUAUGGACUGGGACACCAGACCAGAACACAGACAGACAGGCUGGUUGUUCUGUUUCUAUGGACUGGGACACCAGACCAGAACACAGACAGACAGGCUGGUUGUUCUGUUUCUAUGGACUGGGACACCAGACCAGAACACAGACAGGCUGGUUGUUCUGUUUCUAUGGACUGGGACACCAGACCAGAACACACAGGCUGGUUGUUCUGUUUCUAUGGACUGGGACACCAGACCAGAACACAGACAGACAGGCUGGUUGUUCUGUUUCUAUGGACUGGGACACCAGACCAGAACACAGACAGACAGGCUGGUUGUUCUGUUUCUAUGGACUGGGACACCAGACCAGAACACAGACAGACAGGCUGGUUGUUCUGUUUCUAUGAACUGGGACACCAGACCAGAACACAGACAGACAGGCUGGUUGUUCUGUUUCUAUGGACUGGGGACACCAGACCAGAACACAGACAGGCUGGUUGUUCUGUUUCUAUGGACUGGGACACCAGACCAGAACACAGACAGACAGGCUGGUUGUUCUGUUUCUAUGGACUGGGACACCAGACCAGAACACAGACAGACAGGCUGGUUGUUCUGUUACUAUGGACUGGGACACCAGACCAGAACACAGACAGGCUGGUUGUUCUGUUUCUAUGGACUGGGACACCAGACCAGAACACAGACAGACAGGCUGGUUGUUCUGUUUCUAUGGACUGGGACACCAGACCAGAACACAGACAGGCUGGUUGUUCUGUUUCUAUGGACUGGGACACCAGACCAGAACACAGACAGACAGGCUGGUUGUUCUGUUUCUAUGAACUGGGACACCAGACCAGAACACAGACAGACAGGCUGGUUGUUCUGUUUCUAUGGACUGGGACACCAGACCAGAACACAGACAGGCUGGUUGUUCUGUUUCUAUGGACUGGGACACCAGACCAGAACACAGACAGGCUGGUUGUUCUGUUUCUAUGGACUGGGACACCAGACCAGAACACAGACAGACAGGAUGGUUGUUCUGUUUCUAUGGACUGGGACACCAGACCAGAACACAGACAGGCUGGUUGUUCUGUUUCUAUGGACUGGGACACCAGACCAGAACACAGACAGACAGGAUGGUUGUUCUGUUUCUAUGGACUGGGACACCAGACCAGAACACAGACAGGCUGGUUCAUAGCAAAGGGGGUGAAUACAUAUGCACGCACCACUUUUCCGUUAUUUAUUUUUUUUAACAAGUAAUUUUUUUCAUUUCACUUCACCAAUUUGGACUAUUUUGUGUAUGUCCAUUACAUGAAAUCCAAAUAAAAAUCCAUUUAAAUGACAGGUUGUAAUGCAACAAAAUAGGAAAAACGCCAAGGGGGAUGAAUACUUUUGCAAGGCACUGUAUAAUUAUACUCAUUUUAAGAUGUUUUCAGGUACAAUUCAAUUAUCAUUAAUUACUCCGAAACGUCUAUUAAACAUUCUAUGAUAUUUUCUCUACCAGGAGGUGAUUGGACAACCCCAGUGAUUGUAGCGCCUCCCUCCGCCACAUCAUCUCCGUCUCACCACUCCCACCGCCGCACGCCGUCGGAGGCUGACCGCUGGCUCGAGGAGGUCACCAAGUCUGUCCGCGCUCCGCAACCCGGGUCCACACCGCCCUCCCAACCUUUCCUCACCCCCAACCCCCCAGCCUUCUCUACGGCCCCAACCCAGGCUUUCAUUGUCCCCAUGCCUUCCACCCAGGCCUUCCCUGCCACGCUACCCCCUAACCAGCCCUUCUCCACGCCCCCAACCCAGGCGUUUUCUGUACCCACGCCCCCAACCCAGGCGUUUGCUGUACCCACCCCCCCAACCCAGGCGGUUGCCCCUGUGGCCUUCAUGUCCUCCCUGUCUCCCGUGAUGCCCAUGCUGCCCCCUCGCCAGCUGGCCUACCACGCCCAGACCCCAGCCUCCUACCCCAUGUCCAACGGGCUACCCUAUGCCCAUCCCAGUGUGCCCAUGGUGGGCAUCACACCCUCUCAGAUGGUGGCCAAUGUGUUUGGUUCAGCCACCCAGCCCCAGGCGUACCCCACCCCCCGGUAUGACCCUGCUCAGCACGCUGUGUGUAUCCCGUUCAGCAACCCCCACCAGCAGCCCCUUCACUUCCAGGCACCCAAUGGGAGUGUAGCCUUCAACGGGGGUGGGGCCGACAGCUGGGCCCCUCCAUCCCUGCCCCCUCCGUCCUCCCCGGCCCCUCCCCUGCCCCCCCAGCCCUCCCCGGCCCCUCCCCUGCCCCCCCAGCCCCUGGCGACAGCAGACCCCUUCGAGGCCAAGUGGGCCGCCCUGGAGAGCCGCUCCCGCCAGCACACCACGCCAUCGCCCACUAACCCCUUCUCCUCCGAGCUGCAUAAGACCUUUGAAAUCCAGCUCUAG